AUGGCUAUGGAAAUUGUAUCCCAUUUGGUAAAAUUAAUGAAUGAAUCAUCUGAUAAUAAAAAUGUCAAUGUAUAUUUGUUAUUUAAAGCAAUCGCUAAAGAUUAUUAUAUUGAUUCCGUACGAAUCAGCCAUUGGCAAGUAGUUUGUCAUUUUAAAGAUAAAAAUCGAUACAAAUGUUACGAAUUAAAAACAGAUACUGGUGAUAUAGAAGGUCGUAUUAUUUAUCGAAUUUCCAAUUUCAAUUUUUAUGGUCAUAUCUAUUACUAUUAUAUUGGGCAGUGUAAUACAACUGAAGCAGAUUUAGAACGGAAGUGUGAGAAGAUUAAUAUCAACAAUCAACAUUAUAUGUUAGGUUUUAGAGACUGUCAAACAUGGGCUAGAUUAUUAAUUGAAAGUUUAGAAUUGUCCGUUAAAGGGGCAGGACCAUUUCUAAUGAAAUAUUUUCCUGUUUCCAAUGUUGGAUGGAAUUUAUAUCCUGAAUGCACAAUGCCAGGAAGAGUUGUUGAUUUCGUCGUUGAACAAGAACCUGUAUUAAAGGCUUGGUUAUCACAAGUAAAACAUUGUCGUGGAUAUAAAAGCUUGAAGUGA